CUAAAUCUCUCUCUCUCUCUCUCUCUCUCUCUCUUUGCUUUAUUUCCUUAUUCUGGUUGUUUGUUGGAGUAAUUUUUUCAAGUUGGAUCUUGAUUCCAAUAGUUGUUAAGCGUGUUAAAGUAAUUCUGUGUACAACUUGUGGAAUUUUUGUUCUGAAUUUGAGCUUGUCUGAAUUAUUUUAUUUGUUUUCUGCAUUUCAAUUAGUGUGGUAUGAUCAAAUGCGGAUCUUUUAUUCUUAAAAGUUUUAUAUCUUCUUACGUGUUUUUUUUAAAAUUUUUUGUUAACGUAACGAUUUAAUUCUUAAAGAUUAUAUCUUCUUGUUCCCAUAAAGAUUCAAAACCAGGCUGCCAAUUGAACUUUAGAGGCAAACAUAAGUACAUUUGAUUUUCACGGCUAAGUUUUUUUCUAAUCAGUGGUUUUCUAAGGUUUUUUUUUUUUUAAGAAUGAAAUUUUGUACACAGAUUUAGUUUUGUAUACAGUUCUUAUAGGAAAGAUACAUAUAUUUUUGGGCUAUCUUUUGUUUUUUGAUAUUUCAAAUAAAGCAAAAUGGGUUUCCAGUUCAUUGGAUAGAACUCCGCUUGAAAUGGUUUUAUGGAAUGCAAGUGAAAGCGAUACCUUGUGGAAUUAGUCGAGGAACACACAAGCUGGCCUGAACAUCAUGCUUAUGAAAAAGAAUGCAAGUGAAAAAAAAGAGACUUUUAUGUGCAGAGUGUUAGGUUCAUUUCCAUGUUUGCUUUGAAUUUACUAAUCUGCUUCUAGGUUUCUAGUUCUUUGUUUACAUCUAUAGAGCCAAGGGUAUUUUGGUAAGACUGUGUCUAACAGCAAUUCUUCAGAGUUUGCUUAAUAGGUCUUUAGGGAUGUCAUUUACCAGAUGUUUGGAUCUUCAAAAAUUUUGGGAAAAAGAAGGUUAAGAGAAAAGCGUAACUAAAUCUCAAAUUUCCUCACUUUAUCUGGAAGGCAAUUGAAAAAUCUGCGGAAAUUGGGUUGUAUGGAUAUGCUGUAUAAGGUAUCAAUUUUGCAUGAGCAUGCCACAGAUUUGAAUGUUGCUUUUCUUGAACCUAUCUCUUCCAACAUGAUGAAAGAAAGAAGCCAGUGUUAGAUUAGAUAUAAAGCUUUGGCCACUUUACCAGGAACUGCUGGUCCGUAUUUCUGAUUACAACUGCCACUUCCAUUUUAAUUACCACCAUCAAACCCUCUCCAUCACAUAUCUCUUGCCUUAUUUGACUAAACAACUCCAUAUCUUGGAGGUCACUGAUCUGUCCUUUUCUGAGAAACCGUUGGGAUCACUGACCAAGUUGAGUAAGAGAUUGCUUUAGUUGAUUUUGAGGGAGGGAGGGAGAUGGUGAAUAACGAUGCUGGGUUUAAGAGGACGGUAAGGCCGUGGAACAGCUUUCUAUCUUCUUCUUUAUGCUUGGAGUUAGCACCCAUCCUUUCCCUUCAAUCACAAGUACUGUUGUAUUUGGACAUACAAGUGUGAUAAAUUACCAUCAUUGAUCAAAGGCUCAAUACAAGCUUGCGGCUGACAUCAAUGUAAGCUUUAAAAGGCCAGGGAGUGUAGAGAUUUUGGCUAUGACUUGUCAACUGGUGUUUCCAUGCGACGUUGAAGCUUUUGUGAUGGAAGAAGGAGAUUCUGCUGUAAGGAGAUGGGAGGACCUUGAUAACGAUAUCUUGGUGAAGAUAUUGCAGUCCUUUGACCUCUUUGAGUUGACUUCUGGACUUGCUCAAGUUUGUAGUUCGUGGCGAUUAGCUUGCUCUGAUCAACUUCUCUGGAAAAUGCUGGACUUGUCUGUAAUAAAAUCAAAUUUCAUCAAAAUCCCGUUAGAGCCGUAUGUAUAUGUGGACUGUCAGUCUGAUAAAACAUUAACCCGCCUCCUGAGGAUUGCUUUGAACCUCAGUCGUGGAAACAUACUAACGUUAAUCUUCCAUUACAAUCUGUAUGUCAGCGACGAUCAGUUGACUUAUACUGCCGAGAGGUGUCCGCGGCUUAAACGUCUAGUUAUGCCUGCUUGGAACAGAAUAAAAAAGACAGGAAUAUGCAGGGCUAUUCGUAUUUGGGAAGAUCUUGAAUCACUGACAAUGCCUAGCAUAGCAAAUCCACCAUACGUCAUGGAGGAAAUUGCAAGGAAUUGCAAAAAUUUUGCUGAGCUCAAGAUUAUGGGGCCAUGUGAUAUUCUCUUUGCAUCUACACUGGUAGCAUUUCUUCCAAACUUGAAAGUACUGAGUGUGCGGUGCACAGUGCUAUCUAAAGGCGCCUUAGUUAUUAUCUUGGAGGGCUUAAAAAAGUUGGAAGUGCUCAACAUAUCCCAUUGCCUAAUCACUGAAGUCCCUCCAUCUUCACCAAGAAAAGUUCUGACCAAGCUUGAUGAAUCAAUUCUUGAAAAAGCCUCAAGGUUACGCAAAUUCCUGACUUGCAUGAGUGAUUCGUGCAUCAUGUGUCAGCGCACUCGAAACGAUGAAGGACUGAUGAGGUGGUAUAAAUAUGAAGAAGACCUCUGGAAAGUGGAUGAGGUGAGAUCUCUUGCAAUUUGACAACUUUAAGGAUAUAUUGCUUUUUCAUAAGUUAGAUACCUUGUUAAAGGUCCAGUUGUUGUAAAAUUGUGUAUAUGAAGCAAAAUAAAACCUUGUCAUUGUUAAUGGAAGUGAAUCAGCUUCCGGUUGCUAGCCGCAGGUAUUUUCCUUUGGUGGCCAAAGGGAGAGUAGCUUUGUAGUAUAGGAGACAUAUAAAACUGUAUCAUCAUCAUGCACAUGGGAGAGUAAUGUUACUUUCAUGUUGUAAUUUUGUAACAUUAGUGUAUUUUCUUCGGCGGGAUUGUUUUCCUGUUCUAUCACA